AAUAUAAUAUUUACUCUUUAAGCAGACGACAAGACGGUUUCACCGAAUUGUAAAACGUGCUUUUUAAAAGGUAAUAUUAACUGAAUUAUGAAUUUUUUUAAAGUAUACUAGUUUAUGAAUAAUAUUAUAAGAUAGAUCUUAAUUAAUUUGCCCUCUUAAAACAGAAACGAAAUGAAGAAGAGCCUUCUCAUUCUUUUGCUAGUAGGCCUACUAGCCUUCUCGAGCGUUCGAUGCGAAAUUGAAAAUGAUGAUACGGUUGAAGACGACGAAACAAUGGAAACUGAGGAUGAUGCUAUAGAUGAACCGAAAGAGCCUAUUGUACCAAAAUCUGAAAGACCUGAUUUUAAACCUCCAAAAUUGGCUGGACCGGCCUACUUUCACGAAUCGUUUCUUAGUGCUGAUGUAUUAGGAUCCACGUGGAAAUUAUCAAAGGCCAAAAAGGACGAUGCUGACGAGUCUAUUUCCAAAUAUGAUGGAGAAUGGACAGUAGAAGAAGGAGAAGCUGCCUUGAAAGGAGACUUUGGCUUACAUUUGAAAUCAAAAGCUAAGCAUCAUGCUAUCGCUUCCAAAUUGACAGAGUCAUUCAAAUUCGAUGGGAAGCCACUUAUCGUUCAAUAUGAAGUGAAAUUUCAAAACGGUCAAGAAUGUGGCGGUGGUUACGUCAAAUUGCUCAGUGAUAGUUCUAAUUUAGAUUUGAGCAAAUUUAUGGAUAAAACUCCAUAUACGAUAAUGUUUGGGCCUGAUAGAUGCGGACAAGAUAGCAAAUUGCAUUUUAUCUUCCGGCACAAAAACCCGGUUACUGGCGAAUAUGAGGAAAAGCAUGCCAAAAAACCUACUACCUCUUUUGAACAUGUUUUUGAUAAGAAAACUCAUUUGUACAGAUUGGUUGUGAAUGCCGAUAACACUUUUGAAAUAUUCAUCGAUCAAACUUUAAUUAAUUCAGGAAGCCUUUUAGAGGAUUUUGAACCAGCCGUCAACCCUCCGAAAGAAAUAGUCGAUCCAGAAGAUAAGAAGCCAGAAGAUUGGGAUGAACGUGAAAAAAUACCUGACCCAGAAGCCAAAAAACCUGAAGACUGGGAUGAAACUCAACCUGAAAAAAUUGAAGAUGUUGAUGCCACAAUGCCCAGUGGUUGGUUGGAAGAAGAAAGUGAGCUAAUUGCUGACCCAAAAGCUGAAAAACCAGCAGAUUGGGAUGAUGAUAUGGAUGGCGAAUGGGAAGCACCUAUGAUUAAUAACCCAAAAUGUGAAUCUGCUCCGGGAUGCGGAAAAUGGACUCGCCCCAUGGUUGAAAAUCCCGCUUACAAAGGAAAAUGGAAGGCUCCUCUCAUUUCAAAUCCCGAUUACAAAGGAAAAUGGACUCCUCGUAUAAUCGAAAAUCCUAAUUAUUUCGAAGAUAAGGAACCAUAUAAAAUGACUCCAAUAGGUGCUGUUGGCUUGGAAUUGUGGUCUAUGUCUGACAAUAUUGUCUUUGACAACUUCCUCAUCACUCACUCAAAAGCUGUUGCGGAUGAGUGGAUAUCUGAAACUUAUACUUUAAAACAUACUCAAGAGUUAAGCACCGCUAGUGGAGGUGAAAACGUUUUCCAAUGGCUGGUUAAAGCUGCCGAAGAAAGAAAAUGGUUAUACGCCGUUUAUAUAAUGGUCGUGCUCUUGCCUAUUGUAUUGCUUUCUGUCUGGUGUUGCCCGAAUAGCGGACCAGGAGUUAAAGCUAAAGAGUUAGCCAAAAAAAAGACUGAUGAGCCAACCGCUGAUGAUGAAGUUGACGAGGAUGUGGAGAAUGAAGGAGAAGACAAGAGUGAAAGCGAUACCCAAAACGAAGCAGAGGCUAAAACUGAGGGCGGAGGUGAUUCAAAGAAAAAAGCUUCCAAGAGUGCUUUAGAUGCCACUAAUGAAGACGACGAAACCCCUAACGAGCCUGAACAAGAAGGCGAUUCUAGCGCUAAAAGUACCCGUAGACGAGCAAAGGCUCGCAAAGAUUAA